AUGCCAGUUUACGGCAAUAUUGAGCAGUUCGACGGCGACGCUUCUGCGUGGACUGACUACCGGGAAAGGAUUCAGCAGUACUUCGAAGCUAACAAUGUUGCUCAGGACAAGCAACGCGCUGUCUUUUUGACAUGCUGUGGAAAGCAGACAUAUACGUUACUUCGGAGCCUGCUUGCGCCUGCUGCACCGUCCGCCACGGCACUUCCCGCCAUCCUGGAGGCAUUGGAUAAUCAUUACUCUCCAAAGCCGUCACAAGUGGUCGCUCGCUACAAGUUCAACACAAGGGUUCGUCAAGAAGGCGAAGCCGUAAGUGAUUUCAUUGCUGCGUUGAACAGAUUGUCGGAUGAUUGCGAAUUCGGCACAUUUCGGGACAGUAUGCUACGUGAUAGAAUUGUGUGUGGCAUUAAUGACGCCCAAAUGCAGACACGCCUACUCGAAGUGCCAGAUCUUACCCUAGCCAUUGCAAAGAAGACUGUUGUCGCAAUUGAAGCUGCACGAAACGAUUCCAGAACGCUGUCCACACAAUCCGAGGGCACAGCUGCGAAUUUUGUGAAGAAUAAGUCGACAGGAAUAACGUGUUACCGCUGCGGUGAUAAGCAUUUGGCGACACAGUGCCGACAUCGUAACACAGUUUGUCAUGGCUGCGGGAAGAAAGGUCACCUGGCGAAAGUUUGCCGAGGAAAAGCAAACAAGAAGAAAGAACAGGUGGAAGACAAGAAAAAGUCUGACAAAAAGAAACCAGUACAUGCCGUUGAAGAUCCAUCUGAAGACGAAGAAGAAGCUACUUCUGUGUCUCAAGUGUUCGAUCUCUGGAAUGCGUCGGAUCGAAGCGAUCCGUUUCGCGCGCACGUCGUCCUUGAUGGUGUUCCGUUGGAAAUGGAACUCGAUACAGGUGCUGGAGUAUCUAUCAUCGGUGAAAAUGUUCUGCGCAAGGUUCUUCCCCAUGCAAAGCUUGAGACUUCCAACGUACUGUUGCGAAGCUAUUCUGGUGAACUAACUCGUGUGAGAGGAUGCGUGAACGUUCAAGUGAAGUUCCGUGACAAGCAGGAGUGCUUACCGCUCUACGUGGCGCCGGGUUCUUGCCCAAAUCUUUUCGGCCGCACUUGGAUGAAAGCUUUUGGCAUGGCUCUGACAGCAGAGGACACACACGUCUGCGUGGUCUCAACUGUUGAGGACAUUAUUGCUAAGCAUCAAGACGUUUUUUCAGACACUUUGGGUACCCUGAAGGAUGUCACAGCGAAACUACAAAUUCAGGACGGCGCACGCCCAAGAUUCUUUAAAGCGCGUGCAGUACCGUUUGCUCUUCAAGACCGAGUCGCCGAGGAGCUACAACGCAUGCAGCGUGAAGGCAUUAUCGAACCAGUAAAGACGUCUGAAUGGGCCGCGCCCAUUGUUCCUGUCGUCAAACGCGAUGGACGUGUAAGAAUUUGCGGUGAUUUCAAGAUUACCGUAAAUCCCGUUGCCGUACCUGAGAAGUAUCCGAUUCCAAGGGUUGAGGAACUGUUCGCUAAGCUGUCAGGAGGAAAGAAAUUCAGUAAGCUUGACCUCAAGGAUGCUUACCAACAAAUACUGCUGGACGAAGAGUCCAAGAACCUGGUGACCAUCAACACUCAAAAAGGGUUGUAUCGGUACGUAAGGCUACCGUUCGGUGUUUCUACGGCACCAGCGUUAUUUCAACGAAUAAUGGAAAACCUGCUGCAAGAUCUGCGUGGCGUCGUGGUUUACUUCGACGAUAUCCUUGUCACUGGAAAGGAUGACGACGAUCACAAGAAGAACUUGGAUAUUGUACUGCGAAGGCUUGAAGAGGCUGGACUACGAUUGAAACUUGAAAAGUGCAUUUUUAUGGCCCCUAGGGUGCACUAUUUAGGUCACAUAAUCACGGAAGCGGGGUUACAUCCUGAUCCAAAGAAGGUAGAAGCUGUGACGAAGGCGCCAGCGCCAACGAAUGUGAAAACGUUGCAGAGCUACCUGGGGCUAGUGAACUAUUACAGGAAGUUCUUGCCUGAUUUGUCGACAGUACUGCAUCCUCUAAACAAGUUACUGGGAGCAAAUGCGCCAUGGGCUUGGGGCACCGAGCAGCAGCUCGCUUUCCAAAAAAGUAAGGACCUCCUAACGUGUGCUAGGGUCCUAGCUCACUUUGAUCCCAAGAAACCUUUGGUGUUGGUAUGUGAUGCAUCGCCUUAUGGCGUGGGUGCUGUUCUUGCGCACCGUGAACUGUCAGGUGAAGAGCUUCCUAUUGCAUAUGCGUCAAGGAGCUUAAUGCCAGCAGAAUGUAAUUACAGCCAACUCGAUAAAGAGGCUCUGGCCGUAAUUUUCGGCGUUCUGAGGUUUCAUCAAUACCUCUGGGGUCAUUCAUUCGUAAUAGUGACCGACCACAAGCCACUGUUGGGACUUUUAGCGCACGAUAAGCCUGUACCUAAUAACUGUUCACCCAGGCUUCUUCGCUGGGCCCUGACGUUAUCAUCUUACCGCUACGAGUUGGUCUAUCGACAGGGAAGCCGCAUCGCACAUGCCGAUGGACUGAGCAGAUUGCCACUACCUACUGAGGCUCUUCCAGUGGAACGACCAGCAGAGGUGUUCCUGUUGGAAGGAGUCUACCCAACUGUUUUAUCCGCAAAGGUAGUCGCUCAAGCCACGUCAAGAGACGUCAUUGCAUCCAACGUUCGCCACAUACUGUUGUCAGGCGGCAAAUUACCUGACGUCACUGACUACAGGCCUUACCAAAGGCGUUUUGAUCAACUGACCGUGCAGGAUGACUGUAUACUUCUCGGAAAUCGUGUUGUCAUUCCUCAAGAGCUACGUGCAAAGGUUCUCGACUUGCUUCAUGAGAGCCACCCUGGUGUCACAAAAAAUGAAGGCUGUGGCCCGCAGUCACGUCUGGUGGGAUACACUGGACGAAGAUAUUGCUGCGAGGGCCCUUUUAAGGGUCAUUACAUCUUCAUCCUUGUGGACGCAUUUUCCAAGUGGGUAGAAGCCGAAGUUGUUCCAUCACCAUCCGCGGAAGCUACUAUUUCUUGUCUACGUUCUAUAUUUGCGAGGCAUGGACUGCCCGAUCUCGUAGUGUCGGAUAAUGGACCAGCAUUUGUAUCAGCAAAGUACACAGAAUUUCUGAAGCGGAAUGGAGUAAGAAAAGUCCUAAUUCCUCCAUAUCACCCAGCAUCGAAUGGGGCUGCUGAAAGGGUUGUUCAAACAAUUAAGAACAAGCUUAAGAAGGCAAGCACAGGUGAUUUCAAGACGCAGCUAUCCCGCGCACUAUUCAGCUAUCGAACAACGCCGCACGAGAUAACCGGUGCAUCUCCAGCAGAACUCUUGUGCGGAAGAAAACUCAGGACCGCUCUGGAUAAUCUCCAUCCGGACAUGCGCACCGCAGUGCUUCCGUCUAUCGUCCUGGGGAUUCAGUGUUCGCAAGAAAUUUUCGACCUGGACCAACUUGGGUCCCUGCUGUUGUCACAAAAGCACAAGGACAGUCGUCUGCUGUUGUACAGCUACCUGGGGGAGUUAUUUCCACCAGGCACCAAGACCAUCUACGAAGGGAUGCACAGCGAUCAGAAUCAUCAUCAGACAGCGACGCUGAAACAGCACAGUCGCAGUUGUCACCGAGUGUACCACCAGCUGAUUUUCAACCUGAUAUCGUGGAGAAUCGUGGGUCAUGUCCAGACGGCAGCAGCACUUCAAGUGAUAGUGCGGUGA